AUGCGCUUUUCUCUCCUUUUUGCAAUUUGCACUUUCAUUCUUUUCUUACUGGAGCCUUUGGCUUGCCAGGGCCACUUCCUGCACUCGGCCAGGCGGCAGCAGGACCUCCAGCAGCACCGAUAUGACGGCUAUUCAAGUUCAGGAUUUGAAGACGCGGAGGCCGCCCACGCCCGAGCCAAAGAAGAGCUUGCCCAGAGCCUCGGACUUGUCCAAAUAGAAGAAGAAGGCCCCAUUUUGCAUCAAGAGGCUGCGGGAAACGCGAGCGAAGCGGCGGAGUGGUACUCCCACGUCCUGGGGAAACUUGAACGCAUCACCAGACACGAAGACGGCGGCCCCGAAUGGAUGAGCAUCACCCUCGACCCAGACUCUGGCAAUACUGAAGAGGGGGCCCUCCAGAGCUCGCCUUGGGGCUUCAUGGGGGCCCCCAGGCACUCCCCGCGGUUCCGCCCAGUACUGCAAGAUGAGCCCGCGGGCCUGCAGUCGGCGCUGCAGCUCGCAGCUGGCGAAGCCCCAGAAAGCAAAGACAAGAAAGAACAUGCAGAAACAGCUGCUGCUGCGGUUUCCCCGCACAAAGGGGCCGCGGAAGACAGCGAGAAGCGGCAAAGUUCAAGUCCGAGCGGCUCCCACGGAAGCUCCGCAGUGGCCGUCGCUGGCGGAGAUCUUGUGAAGGGCGUGGGAGUUUUUCAAGUUAUAGAAGACGAAAACGCCUUAGACGCGGACUCUAUUGUGACAAUAAUGUACAAUUUUCCGCUGGAAACGAUGGAAAGCAAGCAGAUCGCGUUUGUGGUGGUGGCGCUGCCGCCCAAGUACACGGCGCGGAAGAGCGGCUGGAUCUGCAGCUCUGAGGACCCCGAAGUGCCUCCUUUGAAGUGUUCGACUCGGAAAGCCUACAUGAAGAACAGGCCGGGGAGUUUGAGCACUUUCGUGACGAUUUCGAGUGCAGAGGGGGCGCGGAGUUUGCCGCUGGGGCGGCACUCGUUUCGGCUCGCCGUGCAUACUCCGGACGAGUCGCUGUCGGUUGUGAAUCCCGCGAACUGGUGGUUUGCGACUUUUCGCUUCACGGGGGGCCACGCCAUCACGAAGCACUGGGAGAACCGGAAGCUGAUCAGCAAGCGGGGCUGCAUCUGGGGCGAAUGGCGGCAGGAAACGCCGUGCAGCACGACCUGCGGGGGCGGCUUCGAAGUGUGGACGCGGAGUUUGUAUUCGGGGGAAAGCGAGGAGGCGUGCGGGGGGGCUUUCAUGAAGCGGAAGUGCCAGGUGGAGGCGUGCAGCCUGAACUGCCAGCUGGGCGCGUGGGAAACGAUGGCGGACUGCACCAAGAGCUGCGAAGCGAGCGACAGCACGGCAUUUAAAAUUCGCAUUCGAAAAGUCCUCAUGGAAAGGCAGGGCUGGGGCCGCGCGUGCGCAGACAUGCACCCCUGGGACGCGGAGUUGGGCGUGGGCUGGAGCGAGAAGAUGCAGGCAGUAGUGAGUCUCGCGCCGUGCGCAGCCAAGUUCAAAAAGGCCUGUCCAGAGCUGCUGGGCUGCAGAGUGGAAGAAAGCAACAGCCGCAGCAUUCCCGACGCCUUUCCCUGGGGCGCCUGCCCGUUCCCCUGCGGGGGCUUCGGGCGCAUCACUUCGCUGGUGCAAGUGGCCAACGGGAUCCCGCGGUGGAUAGGCGAGCAGCAGUUUCCGGAAAGCUUUCAAAUUCCCUGCAGAGCCGACAAAGAACCACUGGUCACCACCCGCGCAUGCAACACCCAGCCCUGCGAAGACUGCGCAGUCUACAUUGAGAACCCCAUCUUCGGCAGAGCCACUCGCGCCUGGAUCUUCUUCUUGCCCACCACAGAGGCCGACAGUGCGGAGGUCACUGCGCCCCGCGGUGUCCGCAUCGUUUCGCCCGCUGCUGCUGCUGCUGCUGCUACUGCGGGGGGCCGCGGCGAGCCGCAGCAGCCGCGGCCCUUCAAGGUCUCGCCGCUCUCCUCCGUGCUGCCCCCGGCCGUCGGCGCCGCCCGCAGCCUCCCAGAUGUUGCUGCUGCUGCUGCUUCGCCGCAGCAGCUGCUGUCCUACAGAGAGCAGUUGGGGACUUGUGAAAAUACUGCAACUUCCUUCGGCCCCAUCAGCAGCUGCACUGUUGCCCCGUCCAGACACUACGCGGGCGCGGAGGCUGCGCUGCUGCGGCUCUCCGCGGUGAUCGAGCCAGCAGCAGACGAGCACGGCGCCGCCCCCCACCCCCGCAGCAGCAGCAGCAGCAGCAGCAGCAGCAGCAGCAGCAGGCGGCCGCAGUGGUUCGCGCUGCCGGUGGUGCUGGGGCAGCGGGAGGACAUGGAAGACGCGGGGAACUUUUACUUGUGGCUGACGCGCAGCAAAUUCCCCAACGACCCCGAAGUCUUCAAGUGCCACAUGCGAACGAAGUUGCUGCUGCCGCGGCGCUGCAAGUUCAGCUACAGGCCCAAAAAGCCCCAAGACUGCAUGCAGUGUUUGCCGGGAGCAGCAAAGCCCAUUGAGACUUACCGGAGGUUUUUGCCCAGCGAGCACGGCGGCAGCUGCGACAUUCCCCACGAGCUGCAGCAGCAGCAGGAAGUCCUCGUCACCACCAGUUGCGCCAAGAGCUGCAGCCAGCUCGGGCAGAAGCAGCUCGCUGCAGCAGUCGCUGCAGCAGCGGCUGGAGAAGCAGCAGCAGCAGCAGCAGCAGAGGAAGCGGCGGCGGAAUCCAAAGGCGCCCCCGGCGCCAAAUUCCCCUCCAGCCUCCGCAGAAUCAACAGAAGAGAUCUGGCAAACAUGGUGGCCCAAAAAAGAGCUGCAGCAGCAGCAGCAGCAGCAGCGCCAGCAGCAGCAACAGCAGCAGCACCAGCAGCUGAAGGGGAGGUUCGGCUGCCCGUCGAUGACAAAACGAUGCCUCUUAUUGGCAAAACUCAGCCGACCCCCGAGGAGGAGAAGGGGCAGCAGCAGCAAGAGCGGCAGCAGCAACAGCAAGGAGAAGCUGCAGCAAAAGGCCCCACUGAGGCAGUUCACGCAGAAGAAAAAGCUGCGAAGGAGCCAUCAACAGAAGCGGGGACUCGAGAAGAAGCAAAGGCACCCCAAGAAGCAGCAGCAGCACCAGCAGCACCAGCAGCAGAAGCAGCGCCAGCAGCAGCACCCGCAGAACCAGCACCAGCAGAACCAGCAACAGCAACAACAACAGCAGCGCCAACAGCACCAGCACCAACAACAGCAGCACCAACAGCAGCAGCGCCAGCAGCAACAGCGCCAGCAGCAGCAGCACCGGCAGCAGCAGCACCAGCAGAAGAAGAAGCACCUCACCCUCCGUCAACAGCACAAAAGGCAGGUGAAGGAGCUGCUGCAGCUGCUCCGGCUGCUGCUGCUGCAGAGCCAGAAACUGCAGCAGCAGAAUCGGCAGCAGCAACAGCAGCUGAGUCAGCAGCAGAGGGCAGCGAAGCCGAGAGCGCUUCUGAAGGUCCAGCAGCAUCAGCUGCAGCAGAGAAGCCCGCUGCUGCUCCUGCUGCAGCUCCUGCUGCAGCUCUUGCUGCUGCUGCUGGAGAGGAAGGGGAGGAAGAAGCAGCAGCUGAAGAAGGUGAAAAAGAGACGCCAGAGAAAACAGCAGAAGAAGCAGCAGAGAGCAGCGCCGAAGAGUCGGAGGGCCAGAAGGGAGCAGCAAGUGAAGCGGAAGAGCAGCAGCAGCAGCAGCAGCAGCAGGCGGAAGCGCCGGAAAAGGAAAAGGCAGCAGAGUCAGAAGCGCAGGAAGAAGAAGAACAAGAAGAAAACACUUCAGAAUAA